AUGGAUCCGCCCCUGGCUCCAAGCCCGGGGAGGCGCUGGCUUUUGGGUCUCCUCGUCUUCGUCGCGUGGUUUCAGGGCCCGACUUCCGAGGGCUUCUCAGGCCUCUUCCAGGCGGACAGGAAUGCCCAGCUUGCUGCAAUCGCUCGGCGGGCAGCCCCGACAUCUUAUAGCGGAAAGAAGCUCAUCAUCAAGUUGCCCAAGGCCCAAGGCUUCCAGACGAUGGCCGACAUCCCCAAGGAGCAGUUUGUGCAGCCGGUGGAGCGCAACACACGGCACCAGAGGAAGAACUUCUGGGAAUUCUCCAGGGCCGGCUACAACGUCAGCGAGGUCUUCGUCCGGUACGAGGGGCUGACGCCCUGGAAGCGCGUGGGCGAGGUCGUUCACAAGGAGGGCGACUUCAGGGAAGCGAUUCAGUGCCAGUACAAGUAUUUGAUCAGACGUGCCUACUACCUGUAUCGGAAGUUCCGCUAUUGGUACCCGAAGUCGAACCCGGUGCAGUUCGGCUACACGGACACUGAAGGGGAGAUAGUGGUGGUUGACGAUGGGCCUCCGGAUCUGGGCCUGGAGCCGCAAGAGCUCAAGGACAUGCUGCUGAGAAGCGGCUUCCUUGGGGCUAACAAGCCCCGACACUGGCGGCACAUGCACCAGAACAUCAAGGAUCUGUACUCAACCAAGAAGGACCACCACAGAAAGAAGAGUUGGCUCAUGAAGCGAGAAUACAACUACAGGGUCGACGCACAUAAGUGGUGGAAUCCCCGAAAGUACCGCGGGCGCUACAUGCAAGUGCAGACCAGGAAGCGGGGUAUCGUCACGGGGACAGGUCCAUCGAGAUGA